AUGUUAACUCAGGAAGUCGAAGCACUAGUCUCGCCCCCACGCAAGCGAACCAUCGACCCGGCCCUCGUCCAAGCUACCCCUGUCUCUAGGAAGUAUUCAGGACUUAUCCAAACCCAAACCCUAGACCCGGACGACUUCAAAAAGAAGAGAGCCGGAAUGUGCCUAGAAAUGUCAGGAUACUGGGUCGGCCCCUGUGAAGUCGACGACUUCUUCGAACUCACGAUGCCCCUGGACUUGAAGGAAGGGGAAGUCGAGGAGCUACCAAAUAUCGACCGAAAAUUCUUCGCUGGCAAGAAGCCAGGCAACGAAGAUGAAGUGUACGAUGAAGUCGCUAGUUUCUUCAUGAAAACCCCGGAAGAAUCUCACUUUGAGGGUCUUAAGAUUAUGAAUAGUUCUCGGCACGCGGACCCAGACUCCAAAGCUGGCUCAAAGGUCAAGCCAGACGUGGGCAUCCACAAAACCGACGACGCCUCUGUCACCGUCGCUACUCCUACCCGUCUCGGCAGCGCGCUCUCUCCUGCGGAACUCAAAAACUGGUUCUUAGAAUUAUUCAACGAUCUCGCCAAGAAGCUGGGUGUGAGUUUCGAAAUUGACACCGACGAGGCACGAGAUGCCCGAGGGCAGCUCGCGACAUACGCCGUGGAAUAUUGCGCUCGCCAACACCGGACCCACUUGUUUCUUGUCUAUAUCUACUUCCCCCAUGCCCGCUUCAUUCGAUUUGAUAGAUGCGGCGCCCUCGUUUCGACGAAAUUUGAUCUCUCUCAGGAUUGCACACCACUUAUCCGAUUCUAUUCGAGGUUCUCUAAGAUGACCGACGCUCAAAGGGGGUACGAUGCCACGGUUACGCUUGCCAGCGAUGAAGAGACUAAGCUCGCCCAAGAACGCCUCAAAGAAUGGGAACCGAAGCACGAACGUCCUGUGUUCAAGAUGGAUGUUUACGACGACAAGGUGGAAGAACAAGUAGAACACCACGACAAGCCACAAAUCAAGGCAGAAGUCUGCGUCAAUGACGCCGAUGUCGGUCCGAAGACAAUCCAGGCUGCCGACAACGACAUUAAGGAGACACCGAAGCCACGAAAGUUCCUUGUUUGGGGAUCUCUCGCCGAUCCAGAAUCACCACUCGGCCGCGCGACGCGCGGAUAUCCAGCACUGGAAGUUACCGACGGAUUGGAGAAGGCCAAGGACGUUCCGAUCAUGUUCCUGAAGGAACAAUGGCGUUCAAAAGCCAUAGAACGAGGUGAAAUUGCCUUACUUCGGGAACUUAACAAACAUGAAAUCAGGCACGUCCCGACAUUCGUCUGCGGAGGCGAUCUUCCGGGCCAAGUCACACAAACGGACGUCUUUGCCAAUGAGAUCGGUAGAACAGGAGGCAAGCCUAUUGAUCAACGGGCCCAUGUUCGCUUCGUAGUACAGGAAGUGGGUCGGCCGCUCGAGUGCUUUUCUUCAUCAAAGGAGAUGUUCCAAGCCGUCCAUGAUGCAUUCCAAGGUCACAAGCAGGCGUUCGAAGUGUGUGGGAUACUGCAUCGCGACGUCAGCGGUGGAAAUAUCUUGAUCCUACCAAAGGGGGGAGGCCUGCUCAACGAUUGGGACAUGGCGGUGAAGAUCGAGGAAGCCAAGCUCGGGCCUAGAGCCCAUGAACGGACGGGUACCUGGGCUUUUAUGUCUAUCGAUCUAUUGAGCGGCAAGAAAUGUCUCCACAAAGUCAGCGACGACAUGGAAUCAUUCUUCUGGGUAGUACUAUACUACAGCCUUCUCUACCUCGCCCACAAUAAGGCCGACGAACUCACAGAAAUUAUCCCCGCAGUCUUCGAGCAGUAUACCUACUCCACCCAGGCAAAAGGAGGCGACGGGAAAAAUGCCGUGGUGGGGGGGAAGUACAUUGGCCAUGAAGGGGAGCCUUGCCUGGAGUUUACGCCCAGCACCCCUCUGACAGAAUUCGUGAAAGCCAUGCUUUCUUGUAUGGCGGCGUGGAAGUCAAUAAAACUGGGUGCUUCCGCUGCACAAUACCAGUCAAGAAUUUUUGGCCCGACUACUCUUUCGAUCCCAGAAGUACCAGAGCGUACGCACAAGGAUGUGAUACAUAUAUGGGAAGGUACACUUGCCCUCCCCUGGCCGACGGGCGACAAAGCGGUAUUGCAGUAUAUGAAGAAAUCCGAGGGCGGGACUGGUGCCAGGGGAUCAAAAAGAAAAAGUACAGCCCAGCAAGAACCCGAAGGCGACGCUGAGGAGCAUAAAUCGAAAAAAACAAAGACUCAGAGCAGGACGAAGAUCUCCUCUGCCAGGACCAGGAGAAGUUCACGCUUAUGUCAUGGUUGA